AUGGUUGGGGUGACAGCGAGUGCUCUCAUGGGGGUGAUGAACCCCCUCCUCAGCAACCUCUGCGCCCUGUUGGACAGAGAUGAUGUCAAGCUUGAAGGUGUGCAUCGGCAGAUUGUCUUUCUGCGGGAUGAACUAAGUAGCAUGAGCACCACACUGGAGAUGGUGUCAGAGUCAGAGGAAGCAAACCCGCAAGUGAAGGAGUGGAUUAGUCAAUUGAGGGAGCUGUCCUAUGAUGUCGAGGAUUGCAUUGAGAUCUUCAUGCAUCGCCUUGGCCGUGUUGACACCUGCGAUGGAUUCAUCAGCAAGAUCAUAAACAAGGUUAUCACUCUGAAAACACACUAUCAUAUUGGUGUACAGGUUAGUGAGCUUAAGGAACGUGUGAUGGAGAUUAAUGACCGGCGCAAAAGAUAUAAGAUCGAUCCAUCCACCUUUUCUCCAAAGUUUGUGGCAAUUGAUCCCAGGUUGCCUGCACUCUUUGAGGAGGCAGAUAGACUUGUGGGUAUCAGUAGCCAAAUGGACAAACUUGUCAAGUGGCUCACUGAUAGCACUAGUACUUUGCACACACAGCGUAAGGUUGUGUCAAUUGUUGGAUUGGGUGGAUUAGGCAAGACAACACUUGUUAAUCAGAUUUUCCAGAAGGUCCGAAGUCAAUUUGACUGCACGGCUUUUGUCUCUGUGACCCGAAGUCCUAAUGUCAACAAGAUUCUCAGUGACACACUAUUGCAGUUUCUUAAGAGUAGCCCAAUUACAGCAGAUCAAAAUCAAGACACUGAAAGGGUGCAGGAAGAUCUUUAUCUCAAAGCAUUAGAAUAUCCACAGCUUGUGAAUAUGAAUAGAGACUAUCUUCAGAAUAAAAGCUUUCCACACAAAGAAUAUGUUUACCCUAUGAUGCCCCUUGAUAGUAAUGACUCAAAAAGCUUGUUAUUGAAAAGGAUAUUUGACAAUGAAGAUGACUUCUCUCUUGAAUUGAAAGAAGUUACUGAUGAUAUACUAAAAAAAUGUCAUGGCUUACCACUGGCUAUAGUUAAUAUUGCUAGCCUAUUAGCAACCAAACCAAUCUCUAAAAGGGAGUGGGAGAGGGUGCGGGAUUCUCUUGGAUCUGCACUUGAACAAGAUCAUGAGCUGGAAUUAGUUAAAAAGAUAUUGUUUCUUAGUUACUGUGAUCUACCUCACUAUUUGAAGAUAUGUUUCUUGGAUCUAAGCAUAUUUCCAGAGGAUCAUGUGAUUGGCCGGUCGUGUUUAAUAAGGAGAUGGAUAGCUGAAGGAUUUAUUGCACAACAACAAGGGCAACACUUAGAGGAUACUGCAGAAAACUACUUUAGCGAGCUCAUGAAUAGAAACAUGAUUGAACCAGUGGGCACUGACUAUAGUGGAAGGCCAAGAGCCUGCCGGGUACAUGAUAUAAUGCUUGAUCUUAUUAUAUCAUUAUCAGUUAAAGAAAAUUUUGUUACUAUAAUGGCUGAUCAUAAGUUGACACCAUCGACUAACAAAAUUCGGCGUCUCUCACUCCAAGGAAACUAUGCAGAGCAGAGUUGCUGGCUUGGGACGAACAGCUUGUCUCAAGUUCGGUCACUGAGUGUAUUUGGUGAUGUCAGGAAGAUACCCUCUCUCUUGGAUUUUCAAGUUUUACGAGUCCUAGAUAUACAAAACUGUUCUAGCCUAGAGGACAGAGACAUUGAAAAUAUUGGAAGUUUGAUCCACUUGAGGUAUUUAAGUCUCUAUAAUAGCAACAUUGGUAAUAUCCCAAUACAAAUUGGAAAGCUAAAACAUUUGCAGACACUCGAUCUCAGAGCUACCAGAAUAAAAAAACUGCCAGCAACUAUUGCUCAACUACACCAAUUAGUGCGCCUAUGUGUGCCUAAUGGUGUAGAAUUACCAAAUGGGAUUGGUAAUAUGGCAGCUCUAGAGGAGCUUUCAGUGUUGGAUGCUAGCAAAAAUUCCCCAGAAGUUGUGCAGGAGUUAGGAUACCUAACCAAACUGAAGGUGCUUGGGAUUAAGUGGUGUGCUGACAGUGCAAUUAAUGAUGAAGGAAACUUUAAGAAGUCUUUGAUCUCAUCGUUCUGUAAUCUUGGAGAAAGAAACCUUCAUUCUCUAAAGAUUGAGACUACAGAACGUUGUUCUAUGGAUUUUUUGUUUGAUUCAUUGUGCCCUGAUCCAUGUCAUAUGCAGAAGUUUAGCAACAGCCCCAUUUUCUCUAGGCUCCCAAAGUGGAUAUCCAACCUCUCAGUACUCACCAACUUAGUUAUUUUUAUAGAAGAAGUGGGAGGUGGAGACGUGUAUGUGCUCAAAGACUUGCCUGCACUACGCUGCCUCCAAAUUUUUACAACAGAAUACUUGCAGGAAUCGCUCAUCAUCAGAGCCGGUGGAUUCAAGUGUCUGGAGGAUUUCCAUUUUCGCCCUUCCAUGUACUUAAAAAAGAAGGGAAUGAUGAGUCUGAUAUUUGAAGCAGGAGCAAUGCCAAGGCUCAACCGGCUCUGGUUUAGAUUCGUUGUGCAUGAUACUCUAUCUGCAUAUGGAGCCGGUUUUGACUUUGGCAUUAGCCUACUUUCCUCCCUCAAAUGUCUCUGGGUCAGUAUUAAUUGUCGAGGAGCAACAGUUUGGGAGGUGGAGGUUGCCAAGGCCACCAUUACAAAUGCAGCAGCUCGACUUCCCAACCAUCCAAGGCAUGAAAUCCAUACAUUUGGGGAAGAGGAGAUGGUUGAGAACGAGGAGCAGGAGGAGGAUGGCCAUGCUGCAGGCCAACAAGACAGCACCACCACAUGA